UUAGUGUCUCUCUCUCUCUCCUCCUUCUCUCUGGCCCUGUAACUGGGAACUAAAUCAGAAAGUCUGGAUCUUUGUCUGUGCAUCUCAGCCUGUGUGUGUGUGUGGAGGCACAUGGUUCUCUGUCAUUCGGCCUGUGUGUGUGUGUGUGUAAGAAGCGGUCUUACGAAGGAUCCUUUGAGCUGGAUGUUGCUGCAGAUUAACAGAUCCUGGAGCGCCGAGUGAAGAUGAUGAGGGCUUGACAAGUCAUGUAAGGUUGUUUCCAGCUAUGUAAUGUCUUCAGGCCCAAUAUGGAGAUAGACCAAUGUCUGCUGGACUCCCUGCCAUCUGGCCAGAGACAGUGGCUGGUUCGUCGUGUGCGCUGUGACCAGCUGCGUGCUUAUUAUGAGCGGGAGCGCGCGCUGCACCAGCCGGGCGCCAUCGCUAGACCCCGCGCUGCCCGUCGCCGGAAACCCACCGUGCGCUUCCCCCUCGCCUACGUCCUACAAGACGCCAUCGAGCGCCAUGGCGACAAGGAGGUGCUGAGCCUGUUAAAGGAGGGAGCUGACCUGAACACGGAGCUCUCCUCUGGUGGCUCCCUGCUCCACCUGUGUGCUCGCCAUGACAACGUGUUUGCAGCAGAGGUACUGAUAGAGCAUGGCCUAGACGUCAACCUCCAGGAUGAAGACCUCUGGACAGCCCUGCAUGUGGCCUGUGCCUGUGACCAUGGAGACAUGGUGCUGCUACUACUGCUGGCCGGAGUCAACGCGCUCCUCCAGGACGUGAAUGGGAACACGGCGCUGGACUACGCCACCGAGGGAGCGGAAGGCAGAUGCAUCCUGACCAAGCACCUGGAGGAGAACGGAGUGGAUCUGAGCUCAAUGCACCAGCUGAAGACUCAGAGGGCAUCUGUCAUGCUGUCAGAUGUGAGACAGCUCGUCUCCAGUGGGGCCAGCGUCAACCAGCGGAACGAGGACGGGGUCACACUGCUCCACAUGGCCUGUGCUAGUGGCUACAGGGAUGUUGUGUCUCUGCUCUUGGCAAGUGGAGCAGAUGUGUUGGCUGCAGACAGUGGCUACUGGACCCCUGUCCACCUGGCUGCCAAAUACGGACAGACCCAUAUUGUGAACCAGCUACUGAAGCACAAAGCUGACCCCACCCUCCUCAACUGCAACCAGGACAAACCCUCAGACGUGGCUGCCUCAGCGCAGAUAGCGGCACGCUUGCUGGAAGCAGAGGGAACAUGGUGCAUGAGGCCACAGGAAAUGACAAUGCCCUCUCCCGACACGCACGAGCCCCGGGAAGAUGCCGGCCAGGACGUCGGCACGCUGCUCAGAAAACUGAACCGCAUGGCGUUCCCCAUGGCGAAGAGAGACAGCCUUAUGGAGAAGGGCACCAUGUUCCAGGACUCUGCUGGACCGGCCUGGUCCUCGUCCCAGGACGACGGACUAGACAAGCCUUACCCCACCACCACCAACAGACUGGAGCAGGUCAAAUUAAUGCCCCCGGCGCCUAGUGAUGACCUGGCAUCCCUGAGUGAGCUCACGAACAGCAGCCUGCUGUAUGAGAUACAGAAACGGUUCAGCAAUGACCAGAUCUAUACUUACAUCGGACACAUUCUCCUUCUCGUAAACCCCAACAAAGACCUGCCCAUCUACUCCAGUCUCGUCAGUCAGUUGUAUCUGAGCUCCAGUGUGCGUCUGUGUUCCUCCCUUCCUCCUCACAUCUUCUCCUCAGCCGAGCGAGCCUAUCACAUGAUGUUGCAGGAGAGACGCCCACAGUGUUUCAUCAUCAGUGGGGAGAGUGGCUCUGGGAAAUCUGAGGCCUGUAAACACAUCCUGAAACACCUGGCGGCUCGAUCCUGCCAUAAAGACCUCAUCUUAGGGGCACAGAUGAUGCACGCGAAUGCCGUCCUGGAGGCUUUUGGUCAUGCUAAGACGCCGAUGAACUGUAACGCCAGCCGCUACAUCAAGCUGCUCUCCCUGCAGUUCUGUGGAAGGAGGAGGACCCUGCUCAGAGCACGUGUGUACACCUACAUGCUGGAGAAGACCAGAGUCAUCAGCAGAGAUCAGCAGAACCUGAAUUUCAACGUGUUCUACCUGAUGGCUAAUGGCCUUUCAGCUGAAGAGAAAAGCAGGCUGUACCUAAACAAUAUCUUAGCCCACAGGUACCUGAGCUCAGUGGAACCCAGUGAAGUCCUGUCUGCCUGCCCUCGAGGCAAAGAAAAGUUGGCAGCCCUGAAACAAGCUCUGUGUGCACUGGAGUUCAGGAAACCGGAGGUGGAGAAUCUGUUUGUGGUCCUGUCAGCUCUGCUACACCUGGGCGACUUGCGCUUCACCACCCUGACCGACGCUGAUGCCGCCCUGGUGUCUGACCUGCAGCUGCUAGAGAAAGUGGCUGAUAUGCUCCAGGUGGACCCUGGAGACCUGGCCUGUGCACUCACCUCUGAUGUGCAGUAUUUCAAAGGUGAUGUCAUCACCCGUCGACACACUGUGGAAAUGUCCAACUACCAGCGCGAUCUUCUGGCCAAGGCCCUCUAUGGAAGACUGUUCAGCUUCCUGGUCAAUACCAUCAACGGCUGUCUCCAAGGUCCAGAGGAGAACCCUGGGGACCCUGACCUCGAGAUCUCCAUCCUGGACAUUUUCGGCUUUGAGAAAUUCCAGAAAAGCAGCUUUGAGCAGCUGUGCAUUAAUAUGGUCAGUGAGCGCAUCCAUCAGUAUACCACAGACGUGCUGUUCCAGCAAGAACAGCAGGAAUGUCUGCAGGAGGCGGUUGCCAUGGAGACGCGAUGCGCCCCUGCCGACCAGCCUGCAGCUCUGGACUACUUCUACCAGGUAAAGCCUCACAGCCUGCUCUGUGUGUUGGAUGAGGAGAGUCAGUCUCUGAGGCCAUCCGAGCUGAGCUUGUACGUAAGGCUCCAGGGGCAACUGGACUCAACCCCCGCCGACCCCGUCACCUUGACCACCAAGGACGGCAACGGCAACCCCCCGCCCGAGGACCACGGCCCUGUGUUCUCCAUCACACACUACGCCGGGAGGAUGAGCUACGACCUGACAGGCUCACUGGACAAGAACAGGGACACUCUGCCCCAAAACAUCCUGUUUGUGCUCAAAUCCAGUGACAACAUCCUCAUCCACCAGCUGUUCCGUGUCAGGCUGACGCAGACGGGCACCCUGGGGCCCGAGAUCCAGCACCGCAGGCUGUCGGCGCACACGCCCCGAGGCCCCGGUCUGCUCAGACCCGGCGUGGCCUGUCAUGCCCACAACGACCAGAAACACCUGGAGUUCAGCAAGUUCUUUAAGAAGAAAGGUGCCUCCUCAUUCCUGCAGAGACUGGAGCGCUCCGGCCCCGUCACCUUGGCAACGCAGUUACGGAACUCUCUGUCAGAGAUCUCCAGGAAGCUGCGUACCUGCACGGCCCACUUCGUGCAGUGCGUGCGGCCCAACGCGGGCGGCCGGCCCGACGUCCUGGACAGCGCCCUGGUGUCGGCCCAGCUGCAGUACGUGGGCGUGUUGGAGAUGGUGCACGCGAUCCGCUACGGAUACCCGGUCCGCCUGCCCUUCGACGACUUCCUGAGCAGAUAUCGAGAGUUGGUGGAUACCAUGCUGACGGACCAGAGGACGAUGUCCCCAGAGCAGCGGACGCUGUCCUCUGAACAGAGGUGCCGUCGUCUUCUCCAGGUGUGCAAGAUCCAGGGCUGGCAGAUUGGCACCAGUAAGGUGUUUCUGAGGUACUGGCAGGCCGAUCACUUAAAUGACCGAUGUCACCAGCUACACAGAAAAAUCGUCACCUGCCAGAAAGUGGCGCGAGGCUGGUUGGUGAGGCGUCGUAACUGCCGCAGGCUCAGUUACCAGCAGAGGGAGCAGUGCACUGUGCAGCACUUCCUGCAGGGGGCAGAAGACCUGGGCCUGCACGCCUACGACAACCUGGUCAUCCAGAAUGCGGCUGACAUCGCCCGGGAAAAUGACCGUCUACGGGGCCAUGUGCUGCCUCUCGCUGCCCCGCCCCUGGGGGAGAGGCCUGAACCUGUAGGCAAAGAAGAGGAUUCGCCAAAGAGUGCUCAGGGAGGGAGGACAAACGGGGCAGGCCGGCCUUUCCGACAUUUCCGCUCCAGCUCCGUGCCUACCCCCCUGGUCAUGGACAACUUGGUACAUUCCGGAAUCGGGCCACCUAUUAACCCGGUCCUGCAGCCAGUGGCCCACGCCAGUGAGGAUGGCGGUGGGGGCCUCUCGUCACCACGGAAACAGCCCCCUCCCAAACCUAAACGGGACCCCAACACGCGUCUGAGUGCAUCGUACGAGGUGGUGAGCGCGGGCCUGUGCAUCGCUCCCAAGGACAGUCCCAUGGAGAGCCAGGCCUCUCCCUCAGGAAGUCCGCCGAAAACCCAGCUCUCUCCUACUGACCCCCUGUCUAAGCCCCGCCCUCACAGCGACGACUACAGCACUAUGAAGAAGGUCCCGCCCCCUAAACCCAAGCGCAGUCCCAACACCAAGCUGACAGGCUCGUACGAGGAGAUCUCCGCUCCGCCCGCGCGCCCCACGGACAUGAAGCUGGCCUGCCUGCUCCGUGGCGGGCACUGCCCUGGGGCCCUGGGGCGUCACGGCGCCUCGGAGGACGGCCCGCAGUCCUGCCUGCUCGGCUUGCGCCCGGGCGCGGACGAGGAGGACGUCUACAUCGAGAUGGUGGGCGCGUGGCGAGCUCUGAGCCUGAGUGACAGGACCAGCAGCCCAGAGCCGGGCGAGGCCGUUUACGAGGAGAUGAAGUACUUCCUGCCCGAGGAGGGCGGAGUCACCCCUCAGGCUAGGGCGGAGCCGUGCGAGGUCGUGACCCUGGCACCUCCUAAAACGCCGGAGCCCAAGAGACCCGUGGCCCUGGUGGAACACCCGAGGCAGCACAGCAAUGGCGAGGCGGCGUGCGAUAUUCCACCCCCUUUUCCCAACCUGCUGCUCCACAGGCCCCCGCUACUGGUGUUCCCCCCAUCGCCGGUCACCUGCUCCCCGGCCUCGGACGAGUCGCCGCUCACCCCGCUGGAGGUGAAGAAGCUCCCCGUGUUCGAGACCAACCUCAACUACUCCGGCCAGGACGGCGGAAGCCCGCUCUCGCCCCAGUAUGCCCGCCAGCGUGCCGACUCCUCGCCCAGCCUCUCUGUCCUGAUGCCCGACAAAUCCACCCCGCCUCUGACCCCGCCCCCUCCCCAGGCCCCUCCCACGGCUCCGCCUCCGCCGUAUCGCCCGCCCUCGCAUUUCCCCUUUCCUCCCGAGGCUAACUUCCUGGCGCUGACCCGAGCCGCGUCGGUAGCCAGCGCAGAGUCUGCCAAAGCGGGCCACAGAGGGGGCUAUGGUGUGGCCGAGACACCCCCGGGCAGCGCCAAGCCGCCCUACUCCCCGGCGAAGUCGUCCCGGCCGGAGCCACGCCGGGCACACUCAUGCUCAUCCUCGCCCCUGCUGUUCAACCCAGCCAACGGGAGACCCCUUACCAGCCCGCUCGACGAGCUCAACACCCUCUUCAGCUCAGGACGGACUCUGCUCCGUAAGUCCACCACAGGGAGGAAGAUCAGAGAUACUGGUUUCACGAACUCCAACAUGAACCUUCCGGGACGAGAGGAACAAGGCACCUCCUCCUCGUCUUCUUCGCCCCAGCUGCAGGACAAAAACGCCAAUAACCACACCUCCCCCAACUCGCCCAGCCCCGCCCCCAUCGAGAACGGCAACCAGCUCUCCAACGGGACGCUGGAAGAUGAAGGACACCACAAAUCUAAUGUGUCCAGUGCCGCCACACUGCAUAGACAUAUGGACAGCCAUCAUACUCAGAGGGGACACCUCACCUUCUCGCCCUUCGGGGCAGGAGCAGCACUGUAGACUGGCCGUGGCUUGCGUCCGUGUAGGGACGGGGCCUUCCGGACAAACGAGCCUUACCCACCUUGGCGCUCAAACACAAGAAGAAUAUCACCAAGAAAACUUCCCCUUAGUUACCAUGGUUACUCUGGUCCCCACUGUGGCCCUCCACCAAGGCCUUGCCCGUGGUUUAGACUGUUCACGUUUGUCAUCUCGCGGAAGGAGCGCUGACACCAUGGCGACGCAGCUCCCCGGAACUCACUGCCAUGCCAAUGUCCAGAAAGAGAGCAGCACGGCUGGGCUGUCGUUUGUUGCCAGGGCAGCGGUUUCAGUCCUAGGGCUGUUCACUGUAUCUGGAGCUCGCCCGCCUCUACUGCGGUUUCGGUCUCUGUUCGUGUGCCAUAGUUUAGUGUCGCUACUCAGAAUCAACCUGGUGCUGGUUUGUCCCUGUGCGCUAGCCGAGGCCGCUGCGCCGCUCAGGGGCGCCCCACGUCGAAGUUUACACGCCGAGUCCCUCUCCGACCCCAACGCUCCGGCUUUCUUCAGGGUCACAUUUCUCCUCCGGGUGCUUCUGAGACCCACCUUGGGAGGUCGCGUCCCUUUCCAAAGUGGGGGGAUGGUGAGAUCGUGGGAGGGGUAAUACUCGGGCGAAGGGCCGGGCUCAGGGAAACUCUCAGUGAUACCCCGGGGACAUUUUCAUUUGAAGCUACAAUACCCACCGGCUUCAGAUGCAAAGCACAUGGCAGAGUGAACUCCGGGACACGCAGACAGCUCGGCAAUGCACAGACACGUGUCGACAGAAACAAUGCUAGCUAACGUAGAAGGACACACACAGGAAGCCGCGCUUUCUCCACAAACACGUCUUACUGCACGGGUAAGACUGGCCACAGAGGAAACGACAUCAAGAUCACAGGAACUUUGCAGGACUUUACCAACAGAUGCUCGUGCAGAUUCCAACUCGGAUUGCAUUGCUGGACGUAAACCCACAAUCCUCACACCACGGCAAUGGACUGAAACUAGCACCUUGUUCGGAGGUGAAAUUUCUGCGGUGUGGGCUGAGGUCACGCAUGUCCACACCAUGCUGGUGACAGGUGAAUGGUAUAUAGCACAUACAGCCACUGACACAAUUUCAGUUGUUUUGGCACUGUGCUCAGCACUCUGGAGAUAAAAUUAUACAAAGAGACUGACUUCAAAGUGCAGAAUGUCAGGUUUAAGUCGAGGUAUUUACAUCUCAUAUUGAGUGAACGAUAGAGGAAUCGUAGCUCUUGUGUUCAUAUUACACCCAUGUCAGGGGAGACUGCAAGUAAUUGGACAGAUUGACGUAAUCUUAAAUAAAACCAUCACGUUGUGAACUAAACCGUUUGGCAGAUGACGUCUGUCUGACACACGUCUGUAUCCGUGCCUCGUCUCCGGGAAGCAAGCCAGAAGCACGGUGCGGUGCCACGCGGAUGACGUGGCCGGUAAGGAGUGCAGGAAGCUGUUCGUACCCCUUUGGCUUUUGUAGUCCGCCGUUAGAGGCAAGUCAUCAGGGUCUGCUGGUCUCCCUACACACUCAGUUCUGCUGGUCUCCCUACACACUUAGUUUUGCUGGUCUUCCUACACACACUCAGUUCUGCUGGUAUCCCUACACAAACUGAGUUCUGCUGGUCUCCCUACACACACUCAGUUCUGCUGGUCUCCCUACACACACUCAGUUCUGCUGGUCUCCCUACACACACUCAGUUCUGCUGGUCUCCCUACACACAAAUAGUCCUGUUGGUGUCCCUACACACACUCAAUUCUGCUGGUAUCCCUACACACAGGCAGUUCUGCUGGUCUCCCUACACACACUCAGUUCUGCUGGUCUCCCUACACACACUCAGUUCUGCUGGUCUCCCUACACACAAAUAGUCCUGUUGGUGUCCCUACACACACUCAAUUCUGCUGGUAUCCCUACACACACUCAAUUCUGCUGGUCUCCCUACACACAGGCAGUUCUGCUGGUAUCCCUACACACAGGCAGUUCUGCUGGUAUCCCUACACACAGCUGCUGCUGUGCGACACAUAUAGGCUCGUGAUGUUUCAGAUUUAAUGCAUUGUUUACCUCCACAAUCACCUUUAUCUGCCGCACUGCUGUUGGAUAAUCUUACUGCGCUGUUAGGAGAACUAAUGCACGAGCCAUGAUGUGAUGUCACACCUGGCAUCUGUCCAAUUACUUCUGGGGCCCCCAGUGUGAGGGACAUAAUUUGUAGAUUUACGUGAGGUUACAUGCAAAGGUCCUCCGUUUAAAGUAGACAGUCUGCACUGAGCCUUCAGAGUUUCAGCUUCGUUUCAGUUCCGGCGUGCCGGUAUUCUCGAACACCUCAAGCUGUCGUGUCUUCUCCGUAACAUCACAGAAAAAAGAGGGACGAAAAGCAAAUGUGAGAUGUGUGGUUUACACUGUCUCACUGUCUACAUGUGCAGCCGUGUUUCUCUAUGAACUGACGUACGUACACGUUGAACUGGGGACUUUGGACAUGCACCAGUUUCUUCGGUAUGCACCAGAAGACCGAAUACAGACAUCCAGCGACUACUGAGACAAUGAGCUUCGUCUCCAAUAUGUCCCUGCACAGGCUGGGCGUGUCCCAAAAAGAUCAGCUAAACUGGCCAAUCAUUGUUAUAAUCCUGCAAGAUUUGUGAAAGUGGAGUACUGCAGUGAUGAAUGAGGGGUUUUACCUGAUGAGUGGCUGUUAUUCGUGCUUGUAUGACUGCGAUCAGUGUAUGAAAUGUCAAAUGUUUGGUACCAGAUGUUUGGUACUCUUCCUUUCUUUUUUUCCCCUGAUCUUUGUUGGCUCUUCUUCCUGCUGACAUGUUUGUUAGCAUCUGUCUGCCACGGCGGGCUGAGAGCUCGUGUGUUUUGACUUCGUCCAAUCGUAUCGCUCACUCUGCACCUGGGCGAACUCGCUGAAUGUACAGGACUGCGUGCACAUGCAACCCCCUGCUCUCCGCUCGGUGUUGCAGGGCCGUGGAGUUUGUGAAGCCCAAGCGUAAAAUUCUCCCCAGUUCUGGACUAUGACUAUACUGCUCUUCAGUACCGCCCGUGAUGGUUCUCUGUUUAUAGUUUUCAGCGUCUUCAUCUCGGUCCAGGAGUCCUGACACUGCUGUCGACAUCUACAUGGUCGUCUGAUGAUUGUAAAUUUGUUUAUAAAAAUGACUUUGUACAUGAACAAAAAAAAAAAAAAAAA